AUAAAACGUAACCGCGAAGAAACAGGUUCUCAAGUCGUAUAGUCGUUUUGAACAAAAAAUAAAUACCUACGUAGGUACCUGUUAACCGAAAGGAGAGAUAAAGUAAUAGUAAGUACCAUUUCUAAACCGUUUGGGACGUCUUUAGGGGAGCUGCCACGUUAGUUACCACUUUUUUCAAUCGAUUAUUUUUUUUUUUUUAGAAUUUAGUGGUAUUAAAUCAAGAUUGCGAGAAAUUCGAUUUUCGACUUUUUUUAUUUUUUUCAAAUUCUUAUCACUUCACUAGGUAAAUCCGUAGGUUUUCUACUGUGUGAUAACCGUGUUCGUGACAAACCGCAGGAUUUCUCGAAGAUUUCGAUUUUUCUGUGUCGAAAUUAUGUUAUAAUAUUUAAUGCACUGGCUUAUCUAGUGGGAGAAGGUGAUAAGGGUGAUAUAUCACUCCCCCUCCCAAAAAAAACCAAUUUUUAUCUACGUUUAGACAUUUUAAGACAGCUAUGGAUGCCCUUUUAGUCUGCAAUAAGGAAUUAUUUCCAAAUAUUAAUUUUCUUUUUAAAAUAUUGUAUAGGUACACUUCCUCUAUCGACUGCUAAGUAUCUACUCCAGAACGUUCAUUUUCUAGUUUUAAACGUGUAUAAAAACUUACUUACGGAAUAGUAUGCCAGAAGUAUGUACUCUGGUUUUAAUUUUUAACUCGAGUUCAAUUCUCUACCAGUUUACAAAAAAGUGACAAUUUUUUUUUUCAAACAAGAUUUAAUGGAUUAGCUGCCAAAAAACUAAAAUUGAUUAAUAUUUAUGGCCACGCAGCGUCCCGGUUUUAUUAUUUUAAAAUGUUCAACAAAAAUGUUUUCUACCAGAAAUAUUACUCCAAUCAAAAAAUAACAAGAUAUCGAUUUUGUUCCUUUUAAUACGUAACCAUUGAAAAAGAAUAUCCGUUUUUGAUAUCUAAAGUAUUUUUCAUGAUAAUAGGAAAAAACCAAAAAACAAACAUACUCUUUAGCUUUCUAUUAUUAUAUAGCAAAUAUUUAUUUCCUUAAAUUCUAAAAAAAAGUCAUACUAAUAAAAAGUAGUUGAAAAAAUGAAAUAUUUAAAUUACUUGUAAAAUUAAAAUCGAAAAUCUAUAAAGUGGGAAAAUCGAUCUCAAGUAGACUUCACGACAAAUUCAAAUCUGCUUUCAGAAUAUCUCACGUGUGUAAGACAAAGACUGAAAUUCAUCGCUUCAUUAACCUGAACGCGGGUAGAUUCCUGAUUUCCGAUUUACCGAUGGUAAAAUUAAUUAAAAAUAAUCGUGGAGAUCCGACAUUUUCACCAAAUACUUAUAUUAUUAGCACUUUCUAGAAGCGGUACAAUUUUCAAAACCGUUUAGAAAUUUUUUGUCUAUUUCAGUUCACUAAAACAAUUUAUACAAACUUAGAUAAUACAUUAUUAAUCUUCUUUAUAGUUGUAGUAAAAUGAUAAGGUGCUAUAUAUUUUAUUUAUCUAAAUAUUGAAGGCGAGUGAACAUCUUUCAUCGAAAAUUUCGCAACCUUCAAUCGUUUAGAUAUUUUGCAUUUUGCAUUUGUCCUUGACAUGAAAAUUCAUUGUUGAAAAUCAAACCGUGAUAAAUACUAUCCAAUACACACAUUUUAUUAUAAUACAUAAUAGUAUUAUGUACCGCAUGAUGACCACUUUGCAUUGGAAAUUAAAUCGGUUGUACACCUACGAGCUUGUCGUGCAGUUUAGUUGAACUAAAUGUACAUAAUAUGUACCUAUACCUAUAUAAUAUAAUAUGCUGGAGAUUUCGUUCUUUAUUUUCAACAAACCAAAAUCGAUUAAAAUAAACAAACGAAAAACGAUAUUUGAAUAAUUCAUAUCCAUUAAUAAUAAGCCGGUGUAUAUAUGUACAAUGUAAUACAUGUAAACAAUAUUGUAUAUACUAUACAAUAUUUUGCGAACACGGUAAUUAAUAAUUGUUAUAUGAUUAUGAUUUAUGAUAAACGUAAUGUAAUAAUAAUAGGUACAUGAAUGGAAUAGGAAGUAUUGCGAAAAUUCAUGUUCGAGGUUAGACUCUCCUAGUUUAAAAAAAAAACGGACUUCCUUCGUACUGUGUGUAGGCCACUGUUGUAGGAGCAAAGUUGGGAAGGUAUAGGAAAUAUAGGGAUAUUAAUUAAUAUACAUUUCACAUAAUGCUACAAUAAAGUAUUGCAAACAAAAACGAUUCAAAGCGGAGUAGUAAAUAGUUACUGUUUUUUUGCACUAGGUUAGGUUAUAAUCACAAUAUCUAGGGACCUAUAGAGAUGAGUAAACUAUUCACAAAUUCGAUAAAUGUUUAAAAUUAACUGUUAUCGACCGGAAUGAUCGCAUCUUCUUACGUACGGUAUUAACAAAUUAGAGCACACCAUAUUUACUAAUGAAAGAAGUAUUUUCUCGAGAAGAAAAAUACGUGCUUUCUAUACUCAGCAAGCUGAGAAACUACAAAAAUAAAAACUGAUAGGCAAUACUACAUGGCAUUUUUAAUUGUUUAGUUUUUAUUUUUAGUUUCUAUUUGGUCAGUAUGUGUUAUAAAAUUGUUGAAUCAAUAGAAACCAAACAGUAAUUUAGUAACAUUUUUACCUAGAACUUCACUCUUAUCAAAAAAUUAUAAUAGAGCUUUUUGUAACAUUUUGGAUUUAGUUGGUGCAUUGGAAGUCGUUUUCCAAUAUACAUAGGUAUAGUUAACUGUGUGUUGAUGGAUCGAUAGUAAUUUAUUGCGGACAUUUUGGUUUAUAGAUGAAACCGUUUCUUGUGCAAAAUAAAUAAAUAUUUGUCGUUCAAUGCAAAGCACAAACAUGAUACACAAGUGCGUUUCCACACCAUUUGAAUAAAUAUAACCACAUUUUGGUAAAUGUUUAAUGGUAAAUACCUACAGCUCAUUUAUUAUUAUUAGGCAUUAUUUCAACGUCAACUACGUCUUUUAACGGGAUAUAUUCUAUUUUAAUAUUAGACUUGUAAUUAUAAUUACACGCUUUUGGAUCCUGAGAAUAGCAACUAAGGAACGUAUUGAUUUUACUAUGAUGAACUUUUUUUUUCGUAUCAUAACCGACAUCAGUAGGAGAUCUGUUUUCACAAUACUUGCCCAAUACUGCUAACGUUUAUUAAUAAAUUACAAUAAUAUAUACGGUUUUAUAUAAAACCUGUUUUCAUAAUCACGGAGCAGGCUCACAUGCAUACGGAUAUAAUUAAAAAUAUAAUUACAAUGAGUUAACCUAACUUAAAUCUACGUUGAUGCAAAUUAUGACUCAGGAGGCUUAGUCUAACUAAAAUUUUUUAGAAUUUUAGAUGUAGCUAGUGUAUCGAGGAAGUCAUUUUUCGGUUUUCUAAUGAGUUUUCAAAAUUACUGAGAAAAAUCAGAAAAAGAUGUAUUGGAAAAACGGACAAAUAUUUACGAAGCACCGCGGCGUUACCUACCGAUUUCAUUAUUUUUAAUUAUUACGCAAUAUGUUUUCCACUAGAAAUCUUGCUCCAAUCAAAAAUCUACAAGACAACUUUUUUGCUUUUUUGUUGAAUUUUAAAUCUAGUUGAUGAGUAAGAUUUCAUAUAACUUUGUUGAUAGGUAAUUGACCAAACUUCGAAAAAACGUGGAAAGAACGAAAAGUUUACGGAAAUACUGGUUUCAUAAUUAUCAAUUUUGUUUUUUGUUGUAAUUUAGUUUAAAAUAUUCGCAGAGACUAGGCAUUUUGACAGACGAAUUAGACGUAGUAAAAUUUUGAAAACAUUUUAAAAAGAUAUUUUAGCUAUUUACAGGCACUUUAUACAUGUAUAAACGAAUUUAUUUCAUAGUUUUUAUUCGGUAGAUAAUACGUGGAUAACAUUUUUUAACCAAACAAAAAUGCUUGAAAAUGCUUCAAAUUUUAAUAUGUGGUUCAUUAUAAAUUGUGCUUUGUAAUUUAAUAAAAAAAGUAUAAUGUAUUGAAGUAAUUUUUUUUACAUACCAGUUUUGAGUUAAAAUUUUGACGAAAGUUAUAAAAAUCACAAUGUUUUCUUGCAUUUGUUCAUACAAUAGUACUUCGCUCAGAAUCGUUUCUCAUUAGCAAUGGUUUAUCGUUUCUUACAGAUAUAAAUAAAAUAGCUUUACGGAUCCUACCUCCUCAACUUCCCACCUACAAAAGUGGCACACCCGUUUCUAGUAACAGAUUUGUUUUAGGUUUUUUUUUUCAUUCGUUCAAUUUCAAACCAAAAUUAAAUAAAUACAAAUUGUUCAAAAUAUUAUUAUUUAUACGGAUGAUUAAUUUAUAAAAUCAAAAAUUAUGGACCUAUUUAAAUACACAAGUCAAAUGAAAGGCCUCGUUAGUAUUAAUACUAUUGACUUAAAUAUACAGAAACUAUAAAUAUUCUUUUUUAAUAAUUUAAUUAUCUUAAAAUGCAAUAUAUUUCAGCGAAUAAAACGUCACAAAAUAAAAAGUUUUAUUAUAUUUAUUGAAUAAAAAUUUGCUGCAUCGGAUCCGGUUUUUAAAUUUCUGAAUGGUUACAGAAACGAAGUUUUUACUUUGUAUUCGUGAUUAUUUUUUAUCACAUCCCCUUAAUUACUGUCAAUUAUAUAGUUUGUGUUACAAUUUCAACAAGCUGAAUAAUUAAAUGUUUAAAAAACGCGAUUUUGGCACUUUAACAAUAAUAUAUAUAAUUUCCAUGCAAUUUUAAACAAUAUAUUGCCUCAAUACAUCGAUAAAUUUCUUAGUAUAUUGUGUAAUGUAUGUUGUUUAACGUUAGUUAUAAGAACUAUCUAUUAUAUUUUUUCGUCAUAAUAUUAUAUACUCGUAGGUAGUAAAACGAUUUGUAAAUAAUAAUAUUAUAUACGUACCUACAUUUUUUUUUUUUUAUGUGUGUCUCAUUAAGUGCAAGUUAUUAACUUUUGAUGAAAUCUAAUUUAUUAAAAUGUUUAGUUCGAUAAUACGUACCUACGUGUAAAUUUUGCGAUAAUCAACAUAAUAAUAACGUAGGUAAUGGAUUGAAUAAAUUAUUAAUAAUAGAACGCGUUUUUUUUUUUUUUUAUGUUUAAUUUUAAAAUAAAUAGUAGUUAUAUGUAGGUACAAAGUAAUAUUUGACCAUCUAACCAUUAAAAAAAUAAAUAAAUUUCAAUGGAAAUUAAUAUUCUGUAUAUUUUGACCGCGAUGCAGUUAUAAUAACGACUAAUUCAUGAUUUGAUUUUUAAUAACGUACUACAAAUAAGUUAAUAAUAACAAUAAUUAAUUACUAAUAAUAAUAGUAAGAUGGUAUUAACGAUUUUUUUUUUUUUUUUUUUUUUUGUUUUUGACACGAUAGGUAGUAGAGGCGCUUGCACCACAAUUUCUGACCCAGUCCGACCCGGCCAGGUUGGAAAAUAAACCGGCACGGCUCUGUAUUUUUUUGGCAUAGAAAAUCCAAAAAUUGUUUUUAAAGCCCAGCUCGGCCUGAUUUUUGCUGAUAUAAAAAAGCCGGUUCAGCUCGGAUUUUUUCUUGUCAUUUUCGAAUAACUGUACCACGCUGGUUGUAUCCUUGAUGGUAUUUGGUUAAAAAUAAAAUUUAGAAAAUGGUCAAUAUGUUUUUGUGAAACUUUAAUAAUUAAAUGCCGACCUGUAUGAUUUUGUAAAAAUUAUCCUGGCCCGGCCGGUAUAAUAAACAAAUUAAUAUUGUAAAGCCUGGCCUGGCAUACAUGUAUUUGUAAACAAAAAAGUCUAGCUCGGCUCGUCCCGGAUUUAAAUUUAAAGAGCCCUUGCAGGUCUUUAGAGGCAGAUUACUUGAAUCUGUUCACACCAAAGAUUACGUUUAUCGAGGCAAUUAUUUCUGAAAAUAAAAAAGAGACAAAAAGUUUAAUAAUAUUUUUGAUAGAAUAGAUUAAAAGCAAUAAUCAUAGAGCUCAUAUUUAAAUAGAUAUUAGAAAAAAAAGAGUUGAUAUUGUUGAUUGGUAUGUCACUAUUGUAGAUGAGAAGUUGUUAAAAUAGAAUGAAUAAAGUAAUUGAAUUUAUAGUUGUAUACAACGGUAAACCAUUGAUAACGAAAAACGAUAAGGAGAAAAGUUCGAUUAUAUAUGUUUAGAAAGACCGUAAUAUUUACGAUUUUCCUUAAAAUUUGAUGUUAAAACUUUUAUAAAAAAAAAAUUAGUUUAAUAUAUAUAGUAUGUUUUUUUUUUACCACUAAGUACGACUUAAUAAUGAACAGAAAAGUUCAAGAAAUAUUUAAAGUCUCUCUUUUAAAGAUCGAAGGAUAUUUAAAAUGUUACAAAAUAUCUUUGAUGCAGCAUGUGAUGGUAAAAAUGGGAAAUAUAUCUAAAAAAUAUUAAAAAUGUUAAAAUGAUUCUAAGCGAAUGAUUUCGAUUACACAUGUUUUUAAAUUAUGUUAUUUAACGUUUUCGUCAACAUUUGAUCUUAAAACGCUUAUUAAGAAAAUACUAAAUUAAACUCAUUUUUAUGUUUUUCCUAAUUUAAAAGAAAAUGAUUUCUACGUACAAAAAUUGGACAACAUUUUCUAGAAAAGAUGUUACUCUUGAAAUUCCGAUCAAGAUUUCCGGUACAAAACUAAAAGGAAAAUAUUUAAAAUUACGAAGUCGUUACACCGUAAAUAUUUGUCCGGUUUUCUUAUAGGGACGUUUUUUGGUUUUCCCAGUUAUUAUGAAAACCGCUUGGAAAAUCAUAAAAUAACCUAACCAAUUUCUCAACAACAUCAAAAAUUAAAUUAAAAAGUGUUUUUUUAUUGUUAAAAGAUAGGAAAAAAACACACAUCAUAGUAAAACCAAUAGCUGUAUAUUACUCGUUCCGCUCAGUCUAACAUCUGCAUGCUUAUAAUUCUGCUUGUACACAAUUAACUGUCUGAAAUAUGAGGAGUGACAUUCCAAUGUGCACUAACGGCAUUCAAAAUGUUUAAGAAACCCGAUUUUCUAUUGUGAACAGUAUGUGCAUAAUUUGUUGACAAAACCAAAGUAUUAAAAAAUUCAGAGAAAUAAACUAAAUCUUUUAACAAGUCAAAUUACUGUUAAUUUGUGUUUCAAACGAUUCAUCUACAAAUUAGUAAUUCGAUUGCGCUAAUCUAUACUACUUCCACAGGUACCAUAUAGUACGCAUUUUAGCUUAACCACAGCAUAUUUUAGAUAAUUUUUAGCAAAAUUUGUUCAACUGCUCGUAGUGCACUAUUGGCAUACAAUAGAUUAUAACAUUUUGACGUAUCCACGUUAUCAUAGAAUACAAUUUUGAUUUAUUUGAAUAAUAUUUAUUAAAAGCUUGCUUAUAAUAUGAGUUUCUGUGUAUAGACUUAUAAUGAACCUCCUGUUAAAUUUUCAAGUUUUUCUGUUAAGUCAAACAAUGAUAUUCACAUAGUACCAAUCGGAAAAAUGUACAGAAAAAAAUUUGCUAAAUUAAAAUAUAUCUAAGUAUAUAAGAUAUAAGUAUCACAAAAAUGACUAGAAUGUUUUUAAAAUUUCAUCAUAUCUAAAAAAAGGCACAUAUAAGUUUUUCACAAUUACAAAAUUGCAAAUAAUACAUUUCGUAAAUUUGUCCAUUUUUUUUCCGGUUUUUCCUUAUUAUUAUUAUUAAAACCAUUUGGCUAAAGAGUAUAAUGUUAUUCUUAUAAUGUUAUAAGAAGGUGAAUAUGGAACUCAACCAGACAAUGGGCCAAAGACAAUGAUUAAAUAACGAGCACUGUAAUAACGACCCAAGUAUAAAUAAUGCCGUUACUCGCAAACGUUGCUCCACUAUACUUGCGUAGACUGAUGUAUGCUGAUUGCAGAGCGCACAGUGGAUAAAAUUAAAAGAAAACUAAACCUUCUAUUAUACGGAGGUAUCGUUGCAAAUCCCCAAUAGAGACUUAAGUCGAAGGGCCCGAUAUGGAAAAUAAUAUUUUCGAUAGAAUCUCUGUUGGGAACAUAAAAACCGCACUGGAGGGACUCGAAAGUGACAGGCACAACCCUGACAGAAAACCCAGAAAUUAAUGCCCUUAUUUUGGACUUUCAUGAAUGCUGUUGUCAGUCCUGAACAGGGUAAUAUCUGAGUAAUCAUUAAUACUGUUAAUUUAAAUUGCACAAACUACACUUAACAGCGUAAUAAUAAAAUAAAAAAUUCAUUAUUCUAUAAAAUAUUGCCAAUACCUAUUCUAGUAUAUUAGAUAUGCUAUUUAUAUCUUCUAAUGCUGAUCAAAUUAAAAUUGAAAAAAAUGGGCUAUAACGAAAUCGAUACUAAAAUGUAAACAAAUAUUAAACUUCAAUUUCAUAUCUAUCUAUGCGAUUACUGCUAGAUUAUUUUGAUAAAACCAUGAAAACCAUUUUCGAAAAAUUGACUACGAAAUUAUUGUAUUAUUCUGAAAAUCCUAUGAAAAUAUCUGUAUCUAGAUAUUUGAAAUGUGUUAAAAGAAAUUUAUCGGAUUCAUUUGUGUAACAUUGCCUGUACAAAUGCAAUACUUCCAAAUCAACAUUUCAGUAGAAAAUAGUACACUUAGACCGAAUUUGAUUUUAUGAUUGAAAUCAAUUCCUCGUUAUUUUAGACACCGAAUGGACCGAGAAAUGUAUUAAUUUUAUAAUAAUGCUUCUUUUAUUUUUAUCUGUGAACAAAUUUUCUACCAGAAAUUUUGUUCCGAUUUUCAAUCAUAGUACUUUUUCUAAAAGGAAAUCUGACUGGAGCGGCACUUUAAGCAUGUAAUUUUUUUUAUUUUCCCAGGGGUUUUCAUAAUAAAUGGUAAAAUUUACGAAAUGUAUUAUUUUCAAAUAAUAAAUUCUACGGCCUUUCAAAACAUUAUAACCGAACUCCACUCAGAAUCGUUUUUCGUUAGCAAUGAUUAAUCUUUGCGUACAGAUAUACAUUGAAUUUCCCCUUACCUUCUAAACUUCUCAUCUACCUAUUUAAAAGUAUAAACAUUAGAGUGGAUAUGAAAUACAUUUAUGAGUGUAGACAGUGGUUUUAAGUGUAAUUAAAAAAAAAAAAAGAUUUUUAACUUAAAAAUUGGGUUAUUAUUUUCCUAAAAAUGUUUGACUUAACUCAGUUAUUCAAAUUAACUUCAACGUAGCUUAGUUAUUUAUUUCGUUAUUAUUUUUAAUUUUUUUUUUUUUUUUUUUUUUUUUUUUUAUCUUAUUCUACAGUUAAAAAAUUGAUUGACUUUAAGAUUUAUUUGUAUAAAACGAAUGCGUAAUUUCGCGUAAUAUUAUUAUAAUUUUUUUGAUUUCAUUUUUAAUCUUAGCCUACGCUCCGCAUCACAAUGUAUAGCUGAGUAAUGAGUGCAAAAGAAAAAAAAAUAAAUAAAUAAAAUAUACGUGAUAUCUCGAAGUAGGCGUAUGUUUUGGUGGCCAUUGAAUUGGUCAUUAGGCGAUUGUCUGGCAGUGUGCAAUGUACCAUAGUCGGUGUUGAAGUUUUCUGUUCCGUGUGGGCGGUCUGUGUACGAACCCAAAGGUGGGCACUGCGCCGCUGCAGCGUAUAUAACUAUACAACUGGUCGAGCCCAUAUUUCGUGUUUUGACCAUGAAUCGCAAGGAUCGUCUGAUAUUAUAAAUGCGGUCUUCGGUUACGCGACAAACUAGUCGUACAGUGGAUUCCGUCAAGACGCAACACCAUGACGGCGGUAAGUCGAUAUUAUUAUAAAAUCUAAUACUUAUGAAAAUUUAAGUAACAUAACAAUAUAUUAUAAUAAUUCGAAUUGAGAUGUUUAUGCUUUUCAAUAGUUUUUUUUUUUUUUUUUUAUUAAAUUAUGAACGAAUAAUACGGAAUACGGAAUAAAGUAUACUACUGUAUUAUGCGUUUUUUAUUAUUUUUUUGCGUGCGUGCGUGUAAACAGCUUUCUACCAGAAAUCUUACUCUUUACAAAAACUUUACGGGAACUUUCUUACGGAAUAUUUAUGUAAAAAAGUGGUUUUUAUAAAUUCCCUUGUAGUUUUCUUAAUAAAUGGGAAAAAUAAAAUAUUAAAUAAAUAUUAUUCCAAAUAUAAUAUUUGACUUUUUAUUUUAUACGUAUAUCGUUGCAUGUUUUCCAAUUUUUACUAACAAAAAUUAAUUUUUUUGUUUUUAAAUACACAUUUUAUGAUCAUAAUUUAAUAAAAAUACUUAUUAUAAAUUAAUUGAUUUCUAUAUUUGUUUGGUAUUUGAUAUUUUGUUUCCAUGUUUCUUUAUUUUUAUUAUUUCGUAAAUUGUUCGUGUACAUUUAGCUAUUUUUUAAUGCGUAAGUGCAUAAACAUCCCAACUCUAAUAUCAAUUUUAUAAUAUGUGUUUGUAGACGCAGACGUCUUUAAGAAUGUAUAAUAUUUAUUUGUCGUAUCGACAAUGUGAACAAUAUAGUACGUGUGUCGUGAAUAAUAAUACAUUUUCUGCACGAUACGCGUAGUUUCUGUUAUUUUCGAUUUUGUUUUUUUGGGUGUAAUUCAAUUGAAAAUAAUAACUGUAGAGAUCCGAAACUUCCACCAAAUACUUAUAUUAAUACUUUCUAGACCUGGUACAAUUUUUAAAACAUUUUAGACAUUUCUUUUUAUCUAUUUAAAGCCAUUAAGGUAUUUUCGAGUUUAUUUAGUUUUCAUUUAGACACGAUCAUUUCAGUCCAUCAAAAAUAUUUGAAAAUUUAACACGAGGUCCAUCGCAAGGUCUUUUAAUUUUAAGUAAAUUAAUUUUUAACCAAAUACAUACUACAAAAUAAUAAAAUCAAACAUAAUGAUUAGAUUUCUCGUUUUUCUUAAAUUUUUUCCCCCGAAGUUUCCCAAUUAUUAAGAAAACUACAAGAAAAAUCGAAAAAAUGUUUUUCCCAGUGCACCAAUUAGACAAAAUUAGUUACUGGAAACCCUCGUGCACCGCUGAUAAAUAAUCGGUGCAAGAUUUCUGGAUACUCAAAAUAUAAUAAUAUAAUAUAUAUUUUAUACACCGAUAAUAAACUGUCCGUCGUAAAUAACUGUCCAUAACUGGCUUUAUAACUGUCCACUGUGAAUCCAUGCCAUUUUAAAGACGUUUACAUGUGGGUCAGUGUCAAGAUGAAAACGUGUUGUAUCAUUGAACAAUUUAAUAUGAAUUUUUAGUAUAAAUUUAGUAUUUACUCAUAACUAUAAAAUGUAUAGAUAAACGAUGUCUAUAUAGUUGUUUACCGACUUAUAUCACAAUUCUACUGUAUUUGAAUUUUUUCACAAAAAUUAUCUUUUAUUUUUUUGUUUUUUUUUUAGUGUUUACGUAUGCUGGGCCUUAUGGCCGUUACGAUCGGUUCCAUAUCACAAGGUAAUCAAGUGAAUAUUCGAAAAUAAUAUAUAUUUAUAUAUAUAUAUCAAAUAAAUGAAAUUUGUAAAUUAUAUUUUAUAUUUUUAAACUUCUUACCAAUCGAUUAAAAUAAAAUAUAUAACACACAGAGAUGUUCAUGAAUUCGUAUUGCAAAAACGGCUUAUUUUUCAUAACAUACACGGUUCUUAUAUUAUAAGUAGCUAGUCACGUUUUUAUCUUAAUAUUUGCAGAUUGUUGAAAUGGGUAAACAGCAGUAAUAAUAAUUCCGGAUAUUUUAUUUCCAACUUGGAUAAUAUUACUAAAAUAUUAAAUUAUUACAAUAAUUGUAUUGUAAACUUAUUUAUAAUUAACAAAAUGUAAGUCACCCCGAUCAAACAAGAAUGUAAGAGUUCAGCUUUAUGAAAAUCAUUUUUUUUUUUUAUAUAAUUUUUUUUACUAGAUGUUAAUAAAUACUUUACACGUCGACAAAAUCACACUUUCAAUAAAAUGGCUCCUGUCUUUAAUCUAAAUUCUUAAAGUAAGUCGUAUGGUGUUAGACACUUAAGAUGUCUAAUGUCCUAGAAGUUAUUAAAGACUUUUCUUCCAUUCCACCGGUAGGACAGUAUCCAUUUGAUAAUCGAAUGUUAAAAUCGCAGUUAAAUUUAAUGCAUUUUCCAUUCGAAUUUGGCGGGUCUGAAGGGGUGUUCAAACCUAAUAAAACAAUUUACUUCCGCAAUAACAUCGUGAAAUUCAACUCAAUUUGUAUCAUUUCAGUCUACCUAUAAAACAACUUUAAUUCCCGAAAAAAAUUCGAACAAAAUUUUUCCAACACAAAUAAUUUGUCUAAGAAAAGCGUUAAAUAAAUACUUAAAAUAGUUAAGACGCAUAUUAGAUAUAAAUCUCUUGAUUACGUUUUAAAUCAUUUUUUUCAGUGAAUAGUAUUUAGUGGACAGUAGUACAUUCAAAGGUGAGGAGUAGAGAGGGUAGAGUUUUAAAACACCCCGAAAUUUGAAAAUUUAUCCUAUCAUCUUUUAUAAUCAAUUUAUAUAUAUAAAGUGAUCUAUUUAAGUGGGUACACGUAUUUUUUCGAAAAGUAUUAACAUGCCGCCUGCCGUGCCGCCACACAAAUGAUGUUCCACUUCUCUCUCCCGAUCCCAAUUUAAAAGUGGAAUAUUUCGUCAAAGGGUUGAUUGAAAUCAAUAAUUUCAACACUAAAAUUUAUUUUAACUAAUACUCCAUCUAUUUAUGGGAUUUUUAAUAAAGGAUGGCAUAAAAAUAGGUAGUGGUUUUAUCCCUCCCACCCCAAAAAAAAGUAACAAAAAUUAACAUAAAUGUAAAAUUGUAGGGCUGCUUGUUUCUUAAAUGUUUUAUAAAACAAAUUCCGAAAAAAGUUAAUACUCUCCGACAUAAUGAGUUUACCCACUUAAAUGGAUCACCUGAUAUACAAGUCAACGUGUCGAAAAACGAUACUCAACUUUAUCGUUUUCCCCUUUUUUUUUUAAGGUAUGAUCGUAUACAAUCCGGUGUCGUACACGACUCGAUUUACCGACCCGUGUUCACCGACCCCGUGCGGUUCCAACACACAAUGUCGCGUGGUCGGAGAAAGAGCUGUUUGCAGCUGUUUGCCCGGUCAUUGGGGAAAUCCGUCGACAUACUGUCAACGUGGCGAAUGUCAAGGUAAGCAACAAAUUUAUUUACUAUUAUCAUGUUUUGCCGUUACGGUGUUUUUCAUGUUUUACAAUUUAAGUUUUAAUAACAGCGCUAUUAUUUCCUAUAAAAAAAACCACCCCGCGCUUAAAUACGCUCGUAUACAUAAUAGCGCAUGCGUUAUAAUCAGACUAGGGACGCGUUUUGGAGUAUUAGAGUACCACAAAAUUAAAUCAUUUGCAUUUGCGACUAAAAAACUUUUCAAAAGUCGAUUUCAAAUUUCUCGUAAAUUAUACUGCUGAUGUAGAAGUAACCUCCACAUGCAUUUAUUACCAGCUGUAAAAGCCUUGUGUAAAAAAUGUAUAACACCACUAUAUUGUACCCUAUAAAAUGGUCUGAUGCAUCAUCCGAGGUUCCAACUUUAUGCGUAUCACGGUUUUGAUUUUACCAAGGCAUUUCAAAAUCGCACUGAGUGCAUGUAAGGAUUUUUUACUGCUUUUUUUGCUGGGACCGUGAUCCACCCCCUGUCCCACUUAUUUAGGAUUGCCAAGGCAUUUAUCUAACCAGAACAUAAAGUUUAGGAGGUUAACGUAUAUUUUUAAAUCGUAUAUGUAAUUUUAAUGAAAUUAAUUCGAGACGUGUUGCCUAACUUGGUAUGCCUAUAGUUGUUACCUACGGCGAGUGGCCGGUGGAAAUGGCCAGUGGUCGUUCAGAUCAAAUUUAGCCAUACUCGACCUAGAAGUUCGCGAGUGCCUAUGAAAAUAAUAAAGAUUUUGAAAUUAUAAAUUAUUUAACGGAUUACCUACAGGCUCGCAUCCAGGCCGAAUCAUCAGGUUGGGCAAACCAAAUUUUAGGGGAGAACAUGAGAAAAAAAAAUAAUAUUACAUAUACACAAUACAACAAAUCAUACAUAUUUAAUACUUGUUGGGGGGCAACGAUUAGGUCUGGAAACUAAUGCCCCCUUGUCCCAUUCCCCGCGGCUACGGUCCUGAUUACCUAUAUUACCGACAUACCGAUUAUCGUAAUGAUUAAUAAAAUAUUAUUGUAUGAUUUUCAGACUCGAACGAAUGUUCCAACAACAAGGUCUGUCGUAAUAGCAAAUGCGAAGACGUAUGUAUAGGACAGUGCGGUCGUAAUGCGAAUUGUACACCCAGAAAUCACAUAGCCGUGUGUUCGUGCCCGGAACGUUAUACCGGUGAUCCGUUGGUGGGAUGCCGUCAAAUGGAUCCGCGUAAAUAAUUUGUCUAAGAAUUAAAAUGUUGUUUAAUGACAGGGGCGGGUAUUCAUAUGCUUUUGCGUAUUUUCAUAGGUAGGUCUAAAAAAAAAAAAAAAUUAAAAAUAGCUAGUUUAUACCAAAAUGCGUUUCAUGACUUAAUAGCGGUUCUAUUUACAUACGCAAUUUUAUUUUUGCAUAUUUUGACGUUUUUGGAUUAUCAAAGCGUAUUUGAAUAUUCCGUAUAUUCAACGUGAUUUUUAUCAUGAUUUAUUAAUUUCCUUUUUUUUCUGAGCAUACUCUAAAGGCGUAUUUUGGUAUAUUUAGUGCAUAUCCGCACAUAUAUACAUAUUCAAAGGCUUUGAGGGCGUAUAAAUAUCUGCCCUGAUUAUUAUCUUGUGUACGAAUCACUACAAUUGUUUAUUUCGCCGAAAACCCCGUCUCAAACGCGGUCUGUGACGAUCAGCUUUUAGCAGAAAAAAAUAUCUUCUAUACUUAUCAAUCCCAUAGACCGAUUGAAUAUAGUGAAAAUGUCUAAGCUUGUCGAAUGAUAUGCGAUAUGAGAAAAUACAAAUAGAACACAUCCUCGUCGUAACGUCGUCGUGUCAUUCUGCGACGAAACUUGAAUUUCGGACGCGUUCGUCCCGUUUUACGUUUUAAAUCGUUUGAUAUUCAUAAUUCAAUAAUUCAAAUGUACGCGUCUAGAAAAUAAGAAAUGCGCACAGUUUUAUUGUUAUUCCUGUUAUAAUUCGAUACUCAAUCGCAGUUUGUUUGGUAAUGUUAUGUACAUUUAGAUGUAAAACUAAGGGGUUUUGGUUCGAGUUUUCGUAAAGAAAAAAAGAAAAAAACCAAACGAAAAUUGACCCUGCACGUUAUUAUUACGGCGGUGAUUAGAUUUUGCGGGUGCCUGCUGUCCGUGGCGUAGGUGCACCGAAAUGGGUACUGGAAGUUGAUAAUAUACAAUCCCCGUCGGCAGAAAUGUGUGUAAACAAUAGAUGCUAAAAUAAAGAAAAACAAAAUCAACGGUAGACAUCUCUUCCCGUAAAUACGCCACUGGAUCGUAUUGUAUUCCACGAGCAUAUUUUUUGUUUUUUUUUGUUUUUUUUUUUUUUUUAUCUAUCGAAUCCGUUUUCGUUGACUUCACAGAGGAACAGUGUCACCCGAGUCCUUGCGGCCAGAACACCAAGUGCGAGGUAAUCAACGACGUGCCGGUGUGUAGCUGUCUGCCGGGUUACAAUGGUUCGCCGUACUCGGGAUGCCGCCACGAAUGCGAAUCCGAUUACGAGUGUGGCUCGACCCAGGUGUGCCAACAGUACAAGUGCACUUCGGCGUGCGGCGCCGGCACUUGCGCGCCCACCGCGAUUUGCGACGUUUACAACCACAGGGCGUCGUGUUCGUGUCCGAAGGUAAACUGCAAACUUAGAACUACACACGACGGCAAACAUUGUUGUUUUGAAACAGAUACAUUUAUAAGCGUUCGACGGGCGGGCUUUAGUUGGGAGAGAGCGGCUUAGUGUCAUAAAUUGCGUUCAAACCGCAACAAGCAUUGAUUUAAAAUAAUUUAACGCUCCGUAGCUACUCUUCCGACGGAGUGAAAUAUGGCCGCGGGCAGUGUUGAAUCCAGACAAUUUUUCUCUUGGGGGAGGGGGAGGGGGGGGGCAUUACUAAAAUUAUAGUAAUGAACUUUUAUUAUUUCGCUUAUCUAUACCCUCUUACCGAGACUAGUCAAAUUUGUUUAGUCAUUUAUAAUUAACUAUUAAUUUAUCCGCAUUGAACAGGGGGCAAACAAAAUUCCAGGGAAACUAUUGCCCCCUGACGUACACCUGGCUUGAACACUGGCCGCGGGGAAAAUUUUCAAUUUUUCCGUGGCCUUUUGCAACACCCAGACUCGCGGGCAUGGGAAAUAUUAUAUUAAAACCGUUGGCCACGUGUUGCAGGGCUAUUUCGGGGACCCGUACGUUUCGUGCCGAGCCGAGUGCCAGACGCACGGAGAUUGCCCGUCGGACCGUCCGGCGUGCUUGGGAGAACGGUGCGUGGAUCCGUGCGCGGGCGGUUCCGUGUGCGGCGUGAACGCCAACUGCGAGACGAAGGGCGCGACGCCGAUAUGCAGCUGUCCGCGGACAAUGACCGGCGACCCGUUCGUGCGGUGCCGACCGUUCGAGCCGGCCGACCUGUGCAUUCCGGACCCGUGCGGCGAGAACGCCCGGUGCCAGCCCGGUCACGAUUCGACGGGCAAGGAACGGCCGGUGUGCUCGUGCCUGCCCGGUUACGUGGGCGACGCGCUCGUCCGGUGCCGGCGCGGCGAGUGUACGGUUGACAUCGAGUGCCGGUACGACCAGGCGUGCGUCGACUACAAGUGCACGAACGUGUGCAACGGCCAGUGCGGCGUGGACGCCGAGUGCACGGCCCGAAACCGCGUGGCCACGUGCACGUGCCCACCCGGCUACUCGGGCGACGCCCUUUCCCGGUGCUACCCGAAAUCUAACGGUUCUACCGGCAGCCGGACCACGUACAAUGGACGCGUAUAUUACAACAACAAGAAAAAAUGAUCCGCGUGUGGUUAUAAGUUGGGCUCCGGCAUCGAGCGUUUCGACUCGGCAUUCAAAUCGAAAUCCGCUCGUAGAUUUUUUUUUCUAUUCUUUUAAUAUUAUACCUAACGCCGAGUCAUAUUAUUAUUUGCGUAAAACAUUAUUAUUAUUUUUAUUUUAUUUUUAAUUAUACGAUUUGUUAACGAAACUCAAGCAUUUUCGCUCAACACGUCAUGGAACCAAUGUCCAAUGUUAAUGCGUUCUGCGAGGACAACCGAAAGGUUAUCACGUCUCCAGACGCGUAGCCAGAAUUUUUUUUAAACGUCAAGUUUUUAAAAUGUAAAAACGAAUUUCAUAUGUUCAAAAAUCUUAGUUAAAUAUUAUACUUAUACCCAUCCACACUUGUCUAUGUUCCGUCGUGUACACCGUUACAAGCCUGUAACAUUACACCGAAAAGCGACCACCGUAUGGUAAACAACUUUGAAAUGAAACAGACUGAUUAACAAAACCAUCAUCAAAUUUAAUAUCUUCUUUAGGUAAUAUAAUAUAUAUAUAUAUAUAUAUAUAUAUAGAAAAAUACUUUGCCACUUUUACAAUCGAAAUUCGAAACAAAACAUUUUUUUAUUUAAAACGUUAAACGAAAAUGCUCGAAAAUUUAACACAAGGUUUAUCAUAAGUUGUGAUUAGUUUGUAAAAAAAAAAACUGAAAUAAGGCGUAUAUAAUGCAGUAAAUUUUUUUAUGAACGAUUAAAAUUCAAAUUUUUAAGAAAAUCAAUUGUCCACUUAAUACCGUGUCUCCCCCGAGUCGAGCGCUGUAUAAGUAUGCGCGCUGAUACAAAUUGUAUUUUAUUAUUUGGGUGCGCCCUUGCUUUACCUUUCAGUAAAAGUCCCAUUGAAAUCGAUUUAACCGUUUUCGAGAUUAACCCCGACGGACAGACAGACAGACAGAAUCUUCAAUUUGAUUUAUAUGUAAAUAUACAUUGAUUGAAUCUAUUAUUAUGCUGAACAAAAAAUUAUCUUUCUUUUGCAGUUGAAUAAAUAUUUUACGUUAAAUAUAAAAUACGCCUACACUUAAAGUGCAAGUGGCUGAUCCGAUAAAGGUAAUUUAAGGAGAGCGAACAGAUAUCU